AUCAAUAAGCUUCACACACACCACUUCACCUUCACUGAAGAAGAAAGAGAAUAAUGCAGCUCUCCAACAUUCCUCUUUUUGGCCUUAUCCUGUUCUUAAAUCUGCCGCUGCUCAGCGCAUAUCCUGUCUACAACGGGUUACUGACCAAUGACGACAUGGAUGUCUUAAAGGUACUUCUCCAUCGACUUGGAGAGUCCAUUCCUGAGCAGAGCGAGGUCGAGCGGGUCGCCACAGAAAAGAUGGACAACAUGACUCUCGAAGCCAUCGCAAUGGUUGCAGAGGAUGAGCAUGAGCAACAACAAAACCGACUCGACAAAUCCGCAAUAAGAGAGUUCCUCUCGGCUCGGGACCUGAAAACUGUCCGAAACGACUCAACAUCGAAGAGAUACUCGGGCUGCUUCGGGCAAAGGCUAGACCGAAUCGGCUCAAUGAGCUCUCUUGGAUGCAACACGGUUGGCAAAUACAAUCCAAAGAGAAGAUGAAGUCUUACACAUUACCUGGAACAGCAAAGUCAAUACCUACCAAGGGUUAUUCUUAUUUAUAGUCUGUAGGC